UCGCUUCGUGUCACAUGACUCGCUCUAGCUGGCGGUAUUGUGAGUUGAUUCAUUUCCGCCCUCUGCCCGUUUUGUGUGGACUACUUUGUAAACUCUGCACUAGUGUAAUAGCGGAUGUAAUUCCUGCAUCGGAAUAAAGAAGUAGUUUUCAGGCCGUGGAUCUGCUGUCAUGGAGACCGGAAGCGCCCUCGCGGCACUGUGGCUGCUGUCAACCUGCGCGUGCUCCUUCAGCCCCAAAGAGACCAACCCUCUGCUCUAUGAGGAGCAGCUGCUGUGGGUGAGCGGAGUCCAGGGGGCGGUGAACACCUACAGGAUCCCCCUGCUCACCUUCACCCAAAAGGGAAGCCUGCUGGCUUUCUCAGAGGCCAGGAAGUCGUCGUCACGUGACCUGGGAGCAAAGUUCAUCGCAAUGCGGCGGUCUACGGACAAAGGGGCCACCUGGUCCCCGACCUCCUUCAUAGUGAAUGACGGAGAGAAGUUGGAUGGCCUGAACCUGGGCUCCGUGGUGGUGGACGAGGAAUUGGGAUUGGUGAUUGUGGUCUACGUCCUUUGCUUCAACCACAAUCACUGCUUCCCGUCCAGCACCAUGAUGAUAGAGAGUUGGGACGACGGCCUCAGCUGGAGUUCGCCCAGGAACCUGUCGGUCCAGCUGGGCGUGAAGAGCUUUGCUCCCGGGCCGGGCUUCGGCAUCCAGAAGCGCUAUAACCCUGCUAAGGGGAGGUUGGUGGUGUGUGGUCACGGGACAUUGGCGGGAAACGGAGUUUUCUGCAUCCUGAGUGACGACCACGGGAGUAACUGGUACAACGGCGCCGCGCUGAAAAGCAUCCCUUACAACCAGCAGAAGAGGGCUCAAGACUUCAGCCCCGACGAGUGCCAGCCGGUGGAGCUGACGGACGGCAGCAUCGUCAUCAACGUGCGGAACCAGAACAGCUACCACUGCAGGUGUCGCAUUGUGGUACGCAGCUUUGACGGCGGGUUGACCCUGCCCGUAGACAAUCUGUUCUUUGACUACGAGCUGGUGGAUCCCGCAGUAGCAGCCGGAGCCCUGCUGAAGGAUGGAGUGCUCUACUUCACCAACCCCUCCAAUGAGAACAAAAGGGUUAACCUGACCUUACGCUGGUCGCUGACCGAUGGGAAGUCUUGGGAGAAGAAAGCCGUGCAGCUUUGGGCGGGUCCCAGCGGCUACUCCAGCAUCACGUCACUGGACAGCGGCUCUGCGGACGACCGGAAGUACAUCUUCGUCAUCUACGAGAAGGGCCACAUCGACUAUGAUGAGACCAUCUCGUUGGCCAAGAUCCACUUGUAUGGUGGCAGGUAGAGGAUGUGGAAGAAAGUAAGCGGACCUGCAUCAGUUCAUUAAAAUCAGCAAGUACGAUGCUGGAAGACUCUUCUGUUAGUCUUGACUCCGGUAUUUAUUUUUCAUCUUGUGUUUGUUUACUAGAUUCUAGAUAUGUUGGAGCAAAAGGGAAACGGGACACUGUUGUUUACCCCCAGAAAUGUUAAACUCACUUUAUGAUAGUGAGACUGGGAACAUGGGAACAUGCGCUGAACAACAAAUGAACAGUUGUUUUGGGCUGCGGUGAUUUUAAAACACAAUUUUCUCCUUAUUUUCUCUUUUCUUUUCUCUAAAACACUUGAUAAAGUCCCAUGUCAGUUUCUCUGUUUUUGGAUAUGGGACCAAAUGUUUUUUUUACAACUUUUGCACAUUGACGAUAUUUUGUGAAUUUUCGAUUCCCACACAAAAGAAGACAUGAGCAAGUAAAGGACUUCUACAGUAUCACAUCACAGCCUUCCACGACCAAGAAGAAUAAGGAAUUUUGGUCAUUUGAAUAUUGUGGUAAUGCAAUAUAGAUGUAAACACAUCUAUCAACUGUACCUAAUUCACCUCAAAAACAGAUUCACUGUUUGUUUGAUGCUGAUGUGAAAUGAUUCCUAUUUUCUCAGAUAACAGUUUCAUACUGAAAUUGCUUUUUUUUUAAAUGUGGAUCUGUACUAGAAGUUAGUAGUGAGUGUGCCAUGAAUAUCUGCUGACCAAAAUUGGUUUUGUUAUCACACUACAAUCUAGUGUGAUUUCAUAUGGAAGUAUGAGUAGUUUAAGUAAAAUUAUGAAUUAGAUGUGUGUGUUUGAAUGUGAGAAUGAAGAGCCUUAGAGUAACUAACGUGGCUAAAGAGUACUCUCUUCUCCUUGUGCAGAAGGUGUUCUAAUACUUUGUGUGAAAUCAGCUCUCCUCAGAUUUUAAUUUUGAUUGUCAGAAUCAUACAUGGGUUACAGUACAUCGUUUUCAUGCAGGAAGGGCAUUAUCUGAUCUGUACUAUCUGUAAAGCCAUUAAAUGAAGCAUGUUCUAGCACGUUUCUGGAACCAAGCUGA